CACGGGAGGCAGGAGGACGUCAGCGACGCGCGGUCGAGCCGCCCGCCCGCCCCUCGCGCGCCUGCCUCUCGCUCCCUUCCCGUUGACGCUGCGACGGUCUGGCAGCGCUCCGACACAUUCACGCGCGCGCUGCCGAUCGCCGUCUCCACCCAGCCCAGCCCCGAACAUGGCGGCUCUCAAACGGCUCUCCGCCUGGCCCUGGCUCUGCGCCUCCACCUGCCGCUCCGGCGGCGUCUGGUCCAAGGGAUGUGUUGGCUACUUUUCAACCAGUACACAUCGCCAUACCAAAUUUUAUACAGAUCCAGUGGAAGCUGUAAAAGACAUCCCUGAUGGUGCAACGAUUCUGGUUGGUGGUUUUGGGUUAUGUGGGAUUCCAGAGAACCUUAUAGGAGCUUUACUAAAGACUGGAGUAAAAGGGCUGACUGCAGUCAGCAACAAUGCAGGGGUUGACAACUUUGGCUUGGGCCUUUUACUCCGAUCCAAGCAGAUAAAACGCAUGGUGUCUUCGUACGUUGGAGAAAAUGCAGAAUUUGAACGACAGUACUUGAGUGGUGAAUUAGAAGUAGAGCUGACACCUCAGGGCACGCUUGCGGAGCGGAUUCGUGCAGGUGGGGCUGGAGUUCCUGCAUUUUACACCAGCACCGGGUACGGGACCCUGGUGCAACAAGGAGGGUCACCGAUCAAAUACAACAAGGAUGGCAGCAUUGCCAUUGCCAGUAAGCCGAGAGAGGUGAGGGAGUUUAAUGGCCAGCAUUUUAUUUUGGAGGAAGCAAUUACGGGAGAUUUUGCUUUGGUGAAAGCCUGGAAGGCAGACCAAGCAGGAAAUGUGAUUUUCAGGAAAAGUGCAAGGAAUUUCAACUUGCCGAUGUGCAAAGCGGCAGAAACCACAGUGGUGGAGGUUGAAGAAAUUGUGGAUAUUGGAUCAUUUGCCCCAGAAGACAUCCAUAUUCCUAAGAUUUAUGUACAUCGCCUUAUAAAGGGAGAAAAAUAUGAGAAAAGGAUUGAGCGUUUAUCAGUCCGGAAAGAGGAAGAUGUAAAAGCCAAAUCCGGUAAACCUGGAGAUAAUGUAAGGGAACGUAUCAUCAAGCGGGCAGCUCUUGAAUUUGAAGAUGGCAUGUAUGCUAAUUUGGGCAUAGGAAUCCCGCUUCUGGCCAGCAACUUUAUCAGCCCAAAUAUCACAGUUCAUCUGCAAAGUGAAAAUGGAAUCCUGGGUUUGGGUCCAUAUCCGCUACAAAAUGAAGUUGAUGCAGAUCUAAUCAAUGCAGGCAAGGAAACAGUUACUGUUCUUCCAGGAGCCUCUUACUUCUCCAGCGAUGAAUCAUUUGCAAUGAUUAGAGGGGGCCAUGUGAAUCUAACAAUGCUAGGAGCAAUGCAGGUUUCCAAAUAUGGUGACCUGGCUAACUGGAUGAUACCUGGGAAGAUGGUGAAAGGAAUGGGAGGGGCUAUGGAUCUCGUGUCCAGUGCUAAGACCAAAGUGGUGGUCACCAUGGAGCAUUCUGCAAAGGGAAAUACACAUAAAAUCAUGGAGAAAUGUACAUUGCCACUGACUGGAAAGCAAUGCGUCAACCGCAUCAUUACUGAAAAGGCUGUAUUUGACGUGGACAACAAGAAAGGACUGACUCUGAUUGAACUCUGGGAAGGCCUGACCGUGGAUGACAUCAAAAAGAGCACUGGGUGUGAUUUUGCAGUUUCACCAAAACUCAUACCAAUGCAGCAGAUCACAACUUGCAAUGUGGAAUAGACAUUUCUCCCAGCUCUUGUGUACAACCCAGUUUGAGAGGAAAUGGGUAGUUGCCAAAAUAAAAAGGAUAAUGGCACCCACCAGGCAAAAUGUCCCUGUGGAAGACUUGAAAUUACUGAGUUUGCUCAUCUGAAAGGCUUUGUGUAGGCAACUGCAGGUAAGAAUGCUCAACUGACAUCAACAGGAGGGGCUGAUGGGCAUUGCUUCAUUUCUGUGACUAAACUCCUUUUUGAAAUUUGGUUUCCUUUAUAUUAACCUAACACAUGUUCAAAGUCAGAGUUGUGGCUCAGACCCAUUCAGUUGAACUCCAGGAAUAAGGUUGACAUUGGCAACCUGAAAAUAAAUAUUAUUGGUGACACGGAGAGAGCAUCACUCAGUGAGAUCUAGUGCCAUUCACUGGGGAAGAAAGGGUCCAUGAGAAGAAAAUUGGUCACAGUACUGGAGCCUGUGGAGUUUUGGGGGGUAUAGGGAUGGGAAAGCAUUAGGGCCAUCAAGACACAUACAGUAUGAGAACAUUUGUUACUAUCUUGUUUCUUAGAAUAUAAGAUACCAUCAAUUUUUUUUAUCAGAGUAGGAAUAUUUACCAUGAGAUCUACCCUCUUAACAAAUUAUUGUUAACUAUAGGUGCAGUGUAAUACAGCAGAUCUCUAAACUUACUAAUCUUACGUAAUUGACACUUAAUACCUGUUAAACAGCAACUCAUGUCCCCCUAGCCCCAGUCCCUGACAGCCACCAUUCUACUCUGUUGCUAUGAGUUUGACUGUUUUAGAUACUUGAUCUAAAUGUAAUCAUGCAAUAUUUGUUCUGUGACUAGCUUAUUUCACUUAGCAUAAUGUCCUCUAGAUUUAUCUAUUUUGUUGCAUAUGGCAGGAUUUCCUUCUUUUUAUGGCUGAAUAGUAUUUCAUUGUAUGUGUAUAACAUAUUCGCUUUAUCAAUUAUAUGUCAGUGGACAUUUAGGUGCUGGAUCAUAGGUUAUUUUUAAUUUUUUUGAGGAGCCUCCAAACUGCUUUUCAUAGCAGCUGCAACAUUUUACAUUACAUUCCCACCAACAAUAUACAAGGGUUCUAAUAUAUUCACAUCCUCAUCAACACUUGUUCUUUUUUUCAAUAGUAGUUAUCUUAUUAAGCUAUUAUUGAGGUGAUGCUUUAUUAUGAUUUUGAUUUGCAUUUCCUUGAGUAGUGAUGAUGAGCAUCUUUUCAUAUACCUGUUGGCAAUUUGUAUCUUUUCUUUGGAAAAAUGUCUAUUUCAGUCCUUUGCCUAUUUUUUAAUUGAGUUAUUUGAAUUUUUACUAUCGAGUUGUGGAGUUCCUUAUAAUAUGCAGCCCCACUAGUCAAUUUUUGCUUUUGUUACUUGUGCUCUUGGUGUCAUAUCUAAAAAGUCAUUGCCAUAACCAUUGUUCAGAAGAUCUUCCCCUAUGUUUUCUUCUAGGAGUUUUAUAGAUUCAUAAAACUAGUUUUAUAGAUUUAUGGGUUUAAAUCUUGAAUGGAGCUGAUCUUUGUGUAUGGUGUGAGAUACGGGUCCAAUUUUGUUCUUUUGCAUAUGGAUAUCGAGUUUUCCUAACACCAUUUGUUGAGUGAGACUGUCCUUUCUCCAUUGUAUAUUCCUGGCACCCCUGUUGAACAUCAGUUGACUAUAUUUGCAUGGAUUUAUUUCUGGGCUAUUAUAUUCUGUUGGUCUAAAUAUCCGAAGGCAACAUCUAUUCUAUUUCAUUUUAUUUUUUUAAAUGUUUAUUUUUGAGAGAGAGAGUGCACACAGAGGAGGGGCAGAGAGAGAGAAUCCCAAGCAGGCUCCACACUGUCCGUGCAGAGCUCAAUGUGAGGCUCGAACUCAUGAACCUUGAGAUCAUGACCUGAGCUGAGAUCAAGAGUCAGACACCUAACUGAGCCACCCAGACGCUCCACAGAGAGCACGAACACCAUCAAUUUUAAAAUGUACUAUGAUUGCUUUUUAUCGUUUAUAAAAUGUUAUUGUAUACAUAUUAAGAAUUUUUAGACUUCAGUCUCAGGUAAGUUUGCCUAGUAUUUCCUUUUUGUAUUUAGAAAACAGAAGGGCUGUUAAUGGAGGCUUUAUUCAGCUGAUAGACAUCAUGAGCAGUUAAUGGCCCAAGGAAAUCCACCUGCCUUGAAGUUUGUGUAUUUGCAGUCUAGGUGCUUCUUACUGAUAAGGGUUUGGAUUGUCCAGGGGACAGGUUGGGGUGUUGAGUCAGGUCAGAAAAAGGAUGAGAGGGAGCUGAGGUGCCUGCCUCAGCUUCUUCCAGAGCAGUUGGGCUACCAAAAGCUGAAGGAGCCAAGGCGAUGGUAGGAUACUGUCAUUUGUGAAAUGCAUUCCAAUUUCAAAGAUGUUAAAGUGUGGGAAAUCCUUCAUUUUAGAAGCAGUGAAUCGGAAGGGGUUCUCUAAGGCCUUUCUCAGUGAGCAUAAUGUCUGCUUUAUGGAUAGGAAAGAGUUGGUGAUUAUAUUAGUGCAUGUGUAAAUGGUGUUUAAAACAGUUCUUUGAAGCAGUCUAAGUGCUUAUUAUGUAAUCUUUCAGUCAUGAUUUGCCUUCCAGGUAACUCUCUCUGUCUUUCUAUCCUCCCCACCCCCCCCAACUCUUAUCCUUUCCAUAAACAUAAUUUCUGUCUUAAGUAAACAUAAGUUUACUCUAAAUGUGAAAUGUUUUUAUUAUUGUAAUUAAAGGCAUUUAAUUUAUAACAGUUACCCAGAUACACACAUGUAGAAGACCAAAGUAUUUGAGGAGUCACUUAAGUCCAUAGUAUCAAACUCUAUAUGAGAUCGCCAAAGAGAGAACAAUGGCAUUUAAGAUGAAAUUGCUAUAGAAUAAAUGUUUCUGUCCCCCCUCCCCAGCCAAAAUUCAUAUGUUGAAACCUCAAACCCCAUUAUAGGGCCUUUGAAAAGUAAUUAGGUUUAGAGGAAGUUAAGCAGGUGGAUCCUUCAUGGUGGGAUGAGUGCCUUUUUAAGAAAGGGGAAACACAAGAGCCCAUUUUCUCUCUGCCAUAUGAGGAUGCAAGAAGCCAGCCAUCUUCAAAUGAUGAGAAGGGCCCUCACCAGACACAGAAUCUGCCAGCAACUUGAUCUUGGACUUUCCAGCCUCCAGUACUGUGAAAAAUUAAUGUUUCAUGUUUAAGCCACCCAGUCUGUGGUAUUUGUUAUAGCAGCCUGAACUAAGACACAUGUGAUCAACAUGGAAAGUGCUCAGGAAGACAAUUUAAAAAGACUCAAACUAUGGGGAAAAAAUAAAGUACAUGGAAUAUUUAACUUGAGCUACAGAAGCUCAAGGAGUUAUUUAAUAACUUAAGUACUGUGUAUAACUGGUGAAGGAUGCCCUAGGUCAAGGAAAGGAGAAGAAAAGGAGGGGUGAGGAAUUUAAUUUAGACAUUAACCACAUUUCCUGACAGUGAGAUUUUAAAGAACAGGAAUUAAAUUACUUACCAUAUUAUUUGCCCAUUCAUUUAUUUAUUGGUGGGAGUUGGAGGGAGAGAACAGGAAAUAUUGUGUAGUCUGAUUUAAAGGCAGUCUUAAAUCUAGUUUCCUGAAAUCUUGAUAUUCAAGGAAAUUUCUGUGGGUUUUAUAGUCUGGAUUCUCUUUGUAGACUUACCAACUCUCUCAUUAUCCCAAGAAAUGUAUUGGCUAUGCUCAGCAAACUAGUUGCUCAAUAAAUUUUUAGUGAUGGAGUACACAGAGUGGAUGAAUUAUUGGAAAAUAAUUUUUCCAAUGACACAGGAUCAUACAUUUCUAACUCCAAAUAAUAGCAAAUAAAUAUACAACUGGUUUGGGGAUAUGACAAUAAUAAUUUGGGGGUCUUAAAUUUCUUAUGCUCUCCCUCCUUUUAAUUUUUUUUUUCUGUUCUUCUUUCAAUAGGUGGUUUUGAGCACUUUAUCAGGUAGGGUCCAAUCAGUAGACACUUUACAUGGUAAAUUGAACAGAGAAAUUCUAACGUAAAAAAUUAUUAACUGUAACAGGGAAUUUGAGAAUUGAGGAAUUAGCUAGUUAAAGGAAAAGAGAAGUCUCUACAACAUGGGAAUAGUGGAUUUAAGGAACAGCCAUAACCCUGGGUUUGAGAUGGAACCUCUGAGGAAGAGGCUUACAGGACUGAGAUCCAGACCUUGUGGGAAAGUGCAUAGCUAUGGCUCACAGAUGGCAGAGAAGUCGCUCUGGUGCCAUGCCAGCGGAACUUGCUAGAAAUCUGCCUUUGAGGAGCCAGAGGAAGCUGUCCUUAAGGGGAAUGCCACACUUCAGAAGUUGCCACAAAGCCACCUGAAGAGAUGACAGGGAUGUUGUUCACAGGGAAGUGUCCUGUGUCACUCCCUGAAGUAGUGCUGGGGGAAGCUGCAGGCACUGGCCCCACGGGCCACCCCACACUGCAGGAGUCAGGAACUAGGUAAGCCAGUUGUAUCACAGUUUUUGGAUUCUGGAGGAGCUUUGUUUACUGCAGGGGCCUGGACAGUGGGAAAAGAGUGAGCUGCAGGGCGCUGACAAGAGAAGUACAUCAUACCAGGAGGAAAAACCUCUUCCUCUUCAAGUGUCUCUUACAAACUUUUUAUUGACAAAGCUUAACGUCAUCCUAGUUGGCAAAGGAAUACUAUUUGCAGGGCCCGCUCCCAUUAUCUUGGAGAAGACAAUGAUGGGUGAAUUUGGAGCUGAAAGGCAAUAAAUUCAUAACUGACAUAAGUACCCGCUGAGAGCCAGCAGUGCAGUAGGCUCUAGGGAUAGAGCAAUGAAUGUAGAGAAAUAGCUCUUAAUCAAAUAAUCACACUUAAGAGUAAAUUUAUAAUUGUGCUGAGUUUCCCUUUUCUGUGGAGGAAAAGUAUGUGUACCAUGGGAGACUGUUCAGAGGGAUCUUGAAAUUAGAUUUCAUACUUGCCUGCCUCUGUUCAGCAUAUCCUAAAAUAUACCACAGAUUUUUCAAUAAAAUGUGUAAACGUGUCUGGAAAAAAGAAGCUAAAGUGACUCUUAACAAUCAAAACCAAAACAAACUCCACAAAAAACAGAGAGCUAAAGUAACUCAUAAAUUGGUAUGAUCUGUACAAAAUCAGAAGGAAUUCUGCCACAAAUAAUGCAGUACUCUUGGUAAGGAGCAGGUGGAAGACAAAAAUCAGUCAUUGCUUAUGCUUGGUUUAAGAAAAUCUGAGUUUAAAAUUUCAGUGUGAUAAUAUUUAUUGAAAAGUUAUGAACUGGGGCGCCUGGGUGGCUCAGUUGGUUAAGCAUCCGACUUUAGCUCAGGUCAUGAUCUCACAGUUUGUGAGUUCGAGCCCCUCAUCGGGCUCUGUGCUUUGGAUUUUAUCUCCUUCUCUCUCUGCCCCUCCCCACAUAUGCUCUAUUUCUCUGUCUCUCAAAAAUAAAUAAAUGUAAAAAAAAAAAAAUUUUUUUUUAAAGAAAAAAAAAGUUAUGAACCCAAACAAUUCUGGACCAGAGUAAAGGGCAUACCACUCAAUAGCCACUGUAGUCAUUUGAUUAUAGAUGUUUUAUUGUGGAAGGAUAUGACAUGGAUGUAAUCCGUUCUGGAAAGGGGUCAAUUGAAAUACUGUGGUGACUCAGGAAAUGCAGCAACGAGAAUCUUGAUGACCAGACUGAACCAGCUGUGUUCUCCAGAAAAGAAGCAAUUGUGAAAUGACCUCAUUGUCAUCUAUAGUAUCACAGAGAAGCUGAAAUGUUCCAAGAACAGCUGAGCUUGUGGUAGAAGUGGACAUCUUUACAAAAGUUAACUCAGGCAUAAACUUAAAAGUCAUUUUUUAUGGGAGGAAAAAAAAAUGAGGGUUUAAAGUCAGAGCCCUAUACAUAGAGUAGAUGCAUAUGUUUAUCUCCUAUGAUUUUCCAUUUAAUAAGGAAACAUCUUUUUCAUUUUAUCAAGACCAUAGUAAAAAGGUUAAUCUACCUAUAGAUAUAGAACAGGGUUGUAUAGUCUAGAAAAAGAGUAACUAUAUUAAAAAUAACUCAAUGAGACUUUCCAAGAAAUAUACCUGCCUGAUUGAUCAUGUUCUGAAAGCACAGGUUUUUUUUUUCAUCAGUGCAAGAAGAAAGCAUGUGAACCUUUGCCCUAUAUUCUACUUAUGUUCUCUAGCUUAAACAAUCUUAUGACUUGACCUCAUGAGGAAAAGUAUUAAUUCAUGGGUGGAGUUAUAUGGCAAGGAUUUGGUUUAAAAUACUCUGGUAAACAGCACCUUAGUGGCUCAGCCAGUUGAAUGUCCAACCCUUUUUUUUUUUUUUUUUUUUUUGGUUUUUCUUUUAUUUAUUUAUUUUUAAAUAUUUAUUUGGAGAGAGAGAGAGAGUGCUUGCAAGCAGGGGUAGGGGCAGUGAGAGAGGGAGAGAGAGAAUCCCAAGCAGGCUCUGAGCUAUGAGCACAACGUGGGGCUCCACGCCGGCCUCAGUCCCAUGACCGUGAGAUCAUAACCCAAUCUGAAAUCAAGAGUCAGACACACCUGACUGAGCCACCCAGGCACCCUGCGUCUGAGUUUUAUUUUGACUUAAGUCAUGAUCCUGGGGUCAUGGGGUCAAGCUCCACACUGAGCACGGACCCUGCUUGAGAGUCUCUCUCUCCCUCUGCUCCUCCCCCACUCAGGUGCGCUCACUCGCUCCCUCUAAUAAAAAAAAUUUUUUUUUAAUUAAAAUACUCUGGCAAAAAUGAUAAAAAUUGGGAAAGAGACGAUAGAUGGCAAAAUUUUGGCAAUUACUAAAGCUGAGCAUGAUGGGUACAUGAGAAUUCAUUAUACUAUUCACUUAAUUAUAUGGAAUUUUUCAUAUUAAAAAGGCUUUCAAAGGAAGUAUAUAAAUGAAUAUCCAUUUCAGUAUCUUUAUAAUAACUACAGUUCUUUUAAAAAAAAUUUUUUUAAUGUUUAUUUAUUUUUGAGACAGAGACAGAGCAUGAAUGGGGGAGGGUCAGAGAGAGAGGGAGACACAGAAUCGAAAAACAGGCUCCAGGCUGCGAGCUGUCAGCACAGAGCCUGACACGGGGCUUGAACUCAUGGACCGCGAGAUCAUGACCUGAGCCGAAGUCGGACACUUAACUGACAGAGCCACCCAGGCGCCCCUAUAAUAACUACAGUUCUGAAUAAGGAGAUUUAGUGAUGGUCUCUUGGAUUUUGGACGAGAAAUUUAAUCAAAAGGAACUGGAGUCUCAAUGGAGGAGACAAUAUGAGGAUGGAUUUUUAAAAAUUGGUUUUUUUUUAUUCUUCCAAUCACCAAUAAUGCACAUCUCAGUGCUUAAUUGAAUUAAAACAAGUGCAAAAAACAUGAAAAGACAACAUCAUUAGCUAUCGGGGGAAUGCAAAUUGAAACCACAAUGAGGUACCACUACACUGGAUCAGAAUAACUACAAUAAAAACCAGUGACAACACCAAAUGCCGAGGAUGUGGACAUACUAAACCAGUCCUACGUUCUUGUUGGGAAUGUAAAAUAAUAUAGCCAUUCUGGAAAACAGUUGGCCAGUUUCUUUUAAAACUAAACAUGCAAUUACCAUAUGGCCUAGCAAAUACUGUUGGGCAUUUAUCCCAGAAAAUUAAAAACUUAUGUUCAUACAAAAACCCAUACGUGAAUGUCUAUAAGUUUUAUUCAUAAAAGCCAAAACCUGGAACCAGCUAAGAUGUCCUUCAGUGGGUGAAUGGUAAAACAAGCUGGCAAAUCCCAAAUAUGGAAUACUACUUAGCAUUAAAAAGAAAUGAACACAUGACAGCUAGGGUGUAUCUCCAGGAAAUUAUGCUGAAUGAAAAGUCAAUACCAAAAGAUUAUAUACUAUAUCAUUUCCCUUCUGUAACAUAUUUGAAAUGAUGCAAUUUUAGGAAUGUAGAACAGAAUAGAAGUUACCAAGGCUUAGGGACCUAGGAGGAAGAGUGGAAAGGAGGUGGGUAUGGUCAUAACAGGAUCACUUGAGGGGUCCAGGUGGUGAUGGAACUGUAUUUUACCUGUGGUGGUGGCUAUACGGACUAUGACAUAUGUGAUAAAAUGAUACAGAACCAAAUACACACAAACACCCAUACACAAAUGAGCACAAGUAAAACUGGAGAAAUGUGAGUAAGAUUGAUGGAUUGCAUUGUGAUUAGCCUGGAUGCAAUAUUGUAAGACAGUUUUGUAAGAGGAUGUCAUUGGAGGAAAACAUGUACCAGGGACUUGGACGUCUCGAUAUUAUUUAUUCAAACUGAAUGAGAAAUUAAAAUCAUCUCAGUAAAAAUUUCAAAGAAAAAAUAAGUGCAAAAAUAACCAAAUGUUCAAAAACUGCCUUUUUAAUUUGCUCAAAACCUUGGUGAAUGUUCUUUAUUUUUUUCCAUUCAGAAUAAAGAAAAAGUUGUUAUCAUCCUAUUAGUAGGAAGUAGUGAUUUACUUUGUUUUAUCUAGGAAUGUCACCCUUUGGAUGUCUCUGAACAAGUUUCUUAAUUUCGUUGAGUCUUGUUUUCUACUAUGUAAAUGGACAUAUCUUCCUCACAGGGCUGUUGUUGGUAUUAAAAAUACAUUUUAAGUGCCUGGUGCAUAGUAGCCACUCAGAAAUUUCCCCUUCAUUUUUCAUUUUUAGAUUUUUUUUUUAUGACCCCUGCUUUUCUCUUUGGGCUCUCUUUUGUCUGUGGAAAUUUUCUUAUGUGUUUAUGUGUCCUCUGGAACAUGAAAAAUAUUUACGUACAAUAAAGUCUUUGUGUAAGAAAAUUGAGUUUGGAGAGAAAAUUUAAAAUCAGUGGCCAAAAAAGAGAUACUGGAUUAUCUGUGGUCUUCAAUUAUCUAUUCUCUUCCUGGCCAGGUAUAGCAUAUGAAAUCAAGAAUUACUGGCAUUGAAAUUAAAUGGCAAUUUAAAAUGUUGAACAAUUAAGCCAUUAAAGUUGAAUGUAAAUUUGCAUGAUGGUCUCUCAUCAGUUUGCAUUUAUCACCAAGGACACCUGUUGAUUUAAAAAUGUAAAAGUACUCACUGAGAAUUUGUUCUGGCCUUGUAAUUAAAACUGAUCAAAAACCAGCAUUGCCCUAUCGGUAAUUAUGUGCAUUCUGAGUCCACAUACUUCUGUUGAGAGACCAAGAGAAAAAUUACCAGGUGUACUCACAACUGCAAAGAAAAGACCUCCCCCCACCGUUCCCGGAACCAGCCAGGGCGUGCCCGGUUGUGGUCUGACCUAAAGGCAGGGAACCAAUCAAGUUCUG